UUCAUAUCAACCUCGUAUGUUUGGUUAAAUAACAAGAGCGGUGACACCGAUGUCAUAACGACACUGUCCGGUGCUGAACCAGCCGAGAAGACAAUGUUCCAGGCGACUAUUUAAAAGUUUUUAGCCCCCCCCAAGAUGAAGGGCCUUUACCUUGUGGAGCCGGUGGUGGCUCUGUACGCCUUUUGCAGUUUUCUCAUCUAUCCGCUUGUGCAGCAGUAUGUGUACCGGAGGCUCUGGCAGGAGCUGAUGAACACCACCUACCCUAUCUCUGACAACACCUCCAGGUGUGCACCGCACAACAGCAGCAACCAGACAGACUUUAAUGAGGUGCAGAGGCAAGCGUCUCUCUUCUCCCUUUACUCAGAGCUCCUCUCCACGAUCCCAUCUCUAAUUGUCACUCUCAUGUUGGUGGCUUAUAGCGACCGGGGAGGACGCAAGACCCCCAUCAUUUUGCCUUUGGUCGGCACGCUGCUCUACACACUGAGCUUCCUGACCGUGUCCUUCUUUGAGCUCAAUGUUUACUUGCUCAUCGGCGCCUCGCUUCUCAGCUCGCUGUUUGGCGGCCUGGGCACUUUUCUGGGGGGCUGUUUCUCGUAUGUAUCGGACUUGUGCGAGGACGGCAGUCAGAAGACGUUGCGCAUGGCCGGACUGGACAUGAUGAUUGGCCUGUUGUCGGGGUUAGCGUCGAUAUCAACGGGCUACUUUGUGAGAGCCGCAGGCUUCAACUGGCCUUUCCUAGUCUCCGCGCUGGGACAGUGUUUCAUCAUACUCUAUGCAGUUUUCAUCCUGGAAGAGACCGUGAAGAAGCCUCCGUCGGAUGGCGACAUUUUAGAUCGCUCUGUUCAGCCGUCGGCCAUAAAACAGAUGGUGUUUGGGGUCUACCAGAUGUUUGUAGGGGCCAGUCGCAGGAGUAAAACAGUUUUGGCCCUCCUGAUGGUCAUCUUUACCAGCUUCACCUUCGCCUAUAUGGGUGCGAUCAACUUGGUCACACUGUACGAGCUAAACGCGCCGCUGUGCUGGACUGAGAUUUUCAUCGGCUAUGGCUCGGCGCUGUCCACUACAGUGUUCCUGACCAGUUUUGUGGGAGUGCUGGGAUUGACAUACUGCGGUGUACCUCAGCUCCUCAUUAUCCUGUUCGGGAUCCUGUCUGUCGUGUCCGGCAUGAUCGUGAUGUCAUUUGCUACGACCACUUUACUGAUGUUUGUAGCGAGGGUGCCGAUGCUUCUCACUAUCAUGCCUUUCCCCGUUCUGCGCUCCAUGAUGUCAAAGAUCGUCUCAAAGUCUGAGCAGGGUGCCCUGUUUGCCUUUCUCUCCUUUCUGGAGAGUUUAACAGGCAACGUGUCGUCCGCAGUCUUCAACAGUAUUUACGCUGUUACGGUGGCGUGGUACCCUGGCUUCGCCUUCCAGUUGUCCGCAGGACUCUGUUUCAUUCCUUUUUCUGUCCUGGGGGUGGUAGGUCUAGUAGGAGUGGAUGAUCCCAAAGAGGUCAAAAGGCAAGAACCUGUGCGCUCAGACGAGGAGAAUCUCGUUGAAGAUCAGAACGACAACACUCCUCUUCUCGGCUGAGCCACUUGCAACUGCAUCAUCAGAAUUUGUUCAUUCACCAGCACUUUGCUCAUCUUUUCCCCCUAAAGUAUCUCAGUGGCUUGUUUUCAUACAAUUUCAUCUCUCUCUUUUUUCUUUUGCCAACAUAGUUACCUACAUUAUGUGCGAAGGAAUACUGAUUUACAUCUAAUGUAACGGGUCUUGAUGAGGAAUAGCGUGCAGGCGUCCUCAGGCAUUAUUUAUACAUACCUCGAAAUGGUCUAACUCUCACGUCACAAAGGGAUUUGAAAUUGUGACUAUUUUGUUUUGUUGUGAGAUUUAAUAUUUUGUGUCUUUGUGUCUCUGUCCCUGUCUCUCGUGAAAUGUCUUUGAAAAGACGUAUCAUGAAAUGCACCAUAUAUUCAGGGUUUACUAUAUAACGUUACUGUCACACCAAAGUAGAAAUUUGAUUUGAAAUAUAGAAGUAAGUUUACAAAAUAAAUAAAAAAGAAGAAGAAGGAGAAUCCUGGCACAAGUGGGAGUAUUCCUAAGAUUGAUUGCACCACCGAAAUCUGUGAAGCAACCACAGAUUGAGGAAGGGGUUUUAAGAGGAACCAUGUGGUAUUUUGUUUCCAUGUCUGUUCCAACUAAAAUUUUCCUGGUUGUUCUCCAAUGUCAAUGUUUAUUUUCUUAAAGAUCUUUAGUAAAGACCUAAAUAAUAUUGUAUUAUAUCGUCCUGUCACCACAUAUUGUAUUUUGUGUGUUUUUUAACAUUACUCUGUCAGUUGAAAGUAUGUAUUGUUUUAUGGAAGUCUUGGUCUUGAUGGACAUCAGUCAUAGCACAGAUUAGGUACAAGAACAAAUUCUGAUAUUAAACAAAUCUUUGAAUCUUGAAUAUUGGACAAAACCAUAAAAGUGGGUAUAUAAUGGCUGGAGCCACAUCUCUGGGAUCCAGGAUCAUUUGAAUAUGACUUUAGGGUCAUACCACAAGCAUGUUUGAUUGGUGCUGUCGUUUUGAUUUUGUCCACUAGGUGUCACUCUUGUUUCAGGCACUGAGUCAUGCUUUUCAUAAUCACUAUCCUAUGUUUACCCAAUUCCUUUACUCUUUAAGUUUAGAUUAUUCGCCCAUAAUUUUGACUGACAUUUUACAUUCUGAAUAGUAGAUUAGGAUGUAAACAUAAAGCAGAGCUACUCCUCUCCGUAGUGUUUCUAUUUUUCCGAAGGCAAUAAAAGGGGGUAUUGAUGACUCUGCAUUCGACCAUAACAAACUUUAUUAUGUGGAGAGCGCAGUCAUGGUUGAAUUUAAUGAUCUGAGGGCCGGCUGAGAGCUGUGUGUAUGUAAUGUCGUGGUCCCCAGCAAAAGAUAAGUUCCUAUUUUAGUGCACAGUAAAAUCAAGUACGAUGAAAAUAUGCAUAACAGUACUAAUGUCACUAAUGUUUUUGAUUUUUUUUUUUUUUUUUUUUUUAAA